AUGCAUAUUAUAAAAUAUGACAAAUUUCUAAACAUUUUCGUUACAAACAACAUGAGAAUAAUAAUUUUUAUUACGGUCAUAUAUUUUCGAAGAUUUAGUGCGUUACUUUACCCACUAGUGGACCUGCAUAGUUUAUACAAAUACAUUCCUCCGGAAAAUGAAGUAUCAUUUCAUUUUGUACAUCAAAACGUUGCACGUAUUUGCUACAUGCAAAUUAAAGACUAUUACUCGUUAAAUUUAAUACCAUUCGAUGCUAAAUUGCAAACAAUCAUCAUCAUUCAUGGAUGGACGCAUGGAAAAGACACGCCAUGGGUUCGCGAAAUGGCCGAAGCUUUAGAAAUAACUGGUUACUGGAACGUGUUCGUAGUAGAUUGGUCUAAACUUUCUCAUGUGCCGUACGUCGAAGCGAGAAUCCACAAUUUAGUGGUGGCGAAACAAUUAAAAAAAUUCCUGUUUGCUUUGGAAACCACUAAAGGCUAUUCUAUGGACAAAAUCCACAUUGUCGGUCACAGUAUGGGCGCUCAAAUCGCUUCCAGUGCGGCGCAUGCGAUUUUAAACGAAAGAGGUGGAAAAAUAGGAAGAAUUACUGGGUUAGAUCCCGCCGGUCCGCUUUAUGAAUGGCCUCACAUCGAAUCGAAAGAUGAACUAUUAGACCCAUCAGACGCCUAUUUUGUUGAUAUAAUUCAUACCAACUCCAAGCACAUUGGCACUGUAAUACCCACAGGUCACAUCGAUUAUUACGUUAACGGCGGUCAGAAACAGUGGGGUUGUACUAAAUGGAGUUGCAGCCACAUUAGGGCUUGUGAAUUGUUCAUUGCUUCUAUCCGGCGACCGGACCUAUUUAAAGCGUUUUCCUACGAAUCUUGGAUAAAAUACAAGAACAAAACAACGAAGGAUCUCGAGGUGUAUCCCAUGGGAAUAUCCGCAGGGUCUUACAUUCCACAAGGGAUUUACUUCGUACAAGUUAAAGACGAAUAUAAGGAGUAUGUUUUGACUAAAACGAACUUUGUCGAUAGCUUCGGCGUGUACUACGGGAAAAAUCAACUCGCCAUGUAG